AUUCGACAAAAAAAAAUAACCGUACCUUAAACAAGCUCCAAAGACAAAAAUAAAUUGUCGUUACCUGAACGAGCUCGAUUGGUAAUCAAGCUCACCGUUGGCUUCUCGCGCAUGCGCAUUAGGAGAGCGCUCUAAAAAACAAGUAAGCCAACAGCACCACUCUGUGGUAGGAAGCGGUAAGAACAACAAGGCGGAACAAACGUAACGUUUCCUAAAAAUCAAAAGUCUGUCAGCAAAACAGUCGAGCGGACGCAUUCCAAAUUCAACCUGACUGCUUUUCCAUUUCAGGUAAAUAAGAAUAUAUGGAUACAUCAUAGAGAUUGUGUAAAUAAUUCCAAAAGGUUUACCUUCAUCUGAAACUUAAUUGAAUUUCUUAAAAUUGCUUGACUUCUAUCCUGCUUGCAGGUAAACGUUACAAUAAAAUACUUUUGGAUUAAAAUUAACAGGUGGCGAGGAGUUGGGGAACGGAAUUAAAAAUUAAUUUUCAAAAAAUCAGUCACAAUGGGACUUGGAGUAAAUAAUUUAAGAACCACAUUAGAUCGUUAUAUUUUGCAUUGUGGCCAAAGUUGGCAUUCAAACAAAAACAAAUAUAUAAAUCCAUAUUUCUGUGUUUAUUUUUGACAUUUUUUAGUGUUCUCAGCAUGGAGGUGGCAACCAGGAACGGUGAUUGCAGAAUCCAUAGCUUCAAGGCAGCAGACCUUGUUAUCAAGCUACCCAUGGUUCCGGUAACCCAGCCCGAUGUGGCCACCUUCGGGACGGUCUUCACCAACCACAUGCUGACCAUCGAGUGGGACGCCUCCAAAGGCUGGCAGGCGCCACUCAUCCGGCCUUUCAAGAACUUGUCGCUUCACCCAGCCUGCUCAUCACUGCACUAUGGAAUUCAGCUGUUCGAAGGUCUCAAGGCUUACCGUGGCGAUGACAAUCGAGUCCGUCUCUUCAGGCCGAUGCUCAACAUGGAACGCAUGGUCAUCACCGCAAGGAGAGCUUGUCUACCAAUAUUCGACCCAUCAGAGUUGCUCGAGUGUAUCAGGAAACUUGUCGAAGUCGACCAGAACUGGAUCCCUUCCUCCAACACAACCAGUUUGUACAUCAGACCUACAUUGAUCAGCACCGAGCCAUCUCUGACUGUAGAAAAACCCGGCCGAGCCUUGCUGUUUGUCAUCAUGAGCCCCGUGGGUUCUUACUUUACGGCGUCCAAAGAGAUAUCCUUGUGGGCCGACCCGAAGUACACACGGGCCUGGGAAGGAGGGACCGGAGACUGCAAGAUGGGAGGGAACUAUGGUGGCACCUUAUUUGCGCAACACGAGGCGAAGGAUUGUGGAUGUCAACAAGUUCUGUGGUUGUACGGGAAGGACCAUCAAAUCACUGAAGUGGGAACCAUGAAUAUCUUUAUCCACUGGAUCAAUGACAACGGAGAAGAAGAGCUUGCGACGCCACCUCUGAACGGCCUCAUCCUCCCAGGCAUUACCCGACGGAGCAUCCUGGAACUCACCAGAAAAUGGGGGGAAUUUAAAGUAUCAGAGCGCGACCUGAACAUGGCCGAGCUCUGCGGCGCUCUCAAGCAGGGCCGCGUCAAGCAGGUGUUCGGUUCGGGCACUGCCUGUAUGAUCUGCCCAGUGGGGGAAAUCGUUUACUUGGGAGAGCGCUUACACAUCCCCUGUCAGGACAUGAGUUCACAGCUGAGUGCUCGUAUUUGCAAGCAACUCACAGAUAUUCAGUGCGGACGCACACCCAGUGAUUGGACAACCCUCGUCUAACUUGGACUGGAAAAUUUAACUCACAUGCAAUCUUUUCACUGUCCUUGCAUUGUACUGAGAAUGGAAAAAGAAAAUUGUGCAAAGUGCAUGAAGUGACUUGUCUCAUGCAAUCGUGCUUAAUAAAUUACAUU